UUUCGUGGAAUCCUCCUUUUAUCUGUCCUCUGAAAAUUCGGAGAUCUAGCACGUAGAAAGAAAGGACCGACUCCCAAAUCAUUGGUGUGAGAUUGGCGGCGUGUUGAGAUUCUAUUUGGAGCGGAUUAUUGAUGUCGAUCUGUUAAUAUUGCAAUCGACAUAUUUCGCAACUGGUGGUCUAACGAGGACAAUAUCUGAGGAUUGAAGAAGAAGAUUUUUCUUAUAUCGGAGACGAGCAAGGAGAUGUUGGGGAGCAAACAUGAACGACAAAGAAGCUGUAUUUCUUCUGGUGGGAAGAGAAUGUGCGUGGAACAGGCAGAUGGAUCGGACGGCACACCUGGAAGGCGUUCGGUUUCUGGUGAUGAUUAUGCACUCCAAUCGCACAGCAUGACCUCCGCACAUGAUGAUCAGGUUGAUGGGAGUCGUAGGACGAAUGAUGUUGAAAUGGAGAUGAAUAAAAUAUCAGCAUGUGAUACAAAACAGUUAGAACGUGUAGCCGCACGCAUUCCGAAUGAUCGCAUAGUUGCGAUAGAAGAGAUGGGUUUUGGUUGUGUCCUAGGGUGGCGUGGCAUUGAGGUGAACCCUUCGCUGUGCAAAAUGCUGGUAGAAAAUUUUGAUGUGAAGAACUCAACCAUUAACAUACAUGGUCGGAACCUGUCUAUCACGUACAAGGACUUCCAUCGUGUGAUGGGCGUGAAGUGUUGGGGGACUAUAGUUGAUACGAACUCGUCAACAAAGGAAUUAGAGAUUAAUCACUGGAAAAAACAAUUAUGUGGCGUGGAUGGUGAUAUUAGUCUGCAGCAGCUUAGGCACAUGGUGGUGGGCACAUACAAUGAUGAAGAACUGUGGAUGGUAUGUUUUGCACUGUUUAUGUUAUCAACUGUGUUAUGUCCCUCGCGGCUAGGGUAUGUUGAUAUGUCACUGUUGGUGCCGCUGACCCACCCAACUGCCAUAAGGAAGCAUAACUGGGCUGAGUUUGGCUACAGAAAGAUGGUUGAUGGAGUCAGGAUGUACCAGAGCUGCGAAUCCACUUAUGUAGAGGGAUGUGUAUUGUUUCUCCAACUCUUUUAUCUCACUGUAUUGCGCGAAAGAACAUGUUUAUUUCCCACUAUGCCAUUGCCAGUAAGGUCAUGGGAUGAGAAGAUGUGUUGCAGGAUGUAUGAGAGGGUAGAAGAGUUAGGUGGGUUUUAUGCACCGAAAGGUGUGUGGGUGUCGAAGAGGUACAUGGGCACCGGAUCAACUGAUUUUGGAGGUUCCUAUGAUAGUAGCACGGGUCUUAAAGCCAACGUUGUUGAUGAUAUGGCUGACCUGAGGUCUGACAUGAACUACAUACAACAAUUAAUUGUGAAGUUGCAGUCCGCCGUGUGUGUACUAGGGCCAGAAAUUUUGCAGCUAAGGGAGGCCCUCUGCACAUUAAAAGGGUCAGCCUGUAAGGAGUUAUCUGAGGACGAGAUUACCGUGCUAGUGAGGAAGGUAAAUGAAGCUGUUGUUGCUAAAGGAGGUGGUUGUCUGAGAGCGGACGACAUGGGGGAUGAUUUAGGAGUUGAGCAAUCGCCUAAUAGGGAAAUGAGACAAGGGUAUGAUGAAGCAAAUAAGGAUGCAGAUGAUAGAACCCAGCCACUGAAAAAACCGGGAGGGAGGAAGUACCAUGGCAUAGCUGACCUGUCAGCAAAAGAAUCAGACCUGUUGUCCUACUUAUUCAGCCGCAAAGGCCGGAGCGAAGGGAUUCUAGAGAGCGAUGAAAUAGGUCGAUAUGGUCUGUAUAGUGUAACUCGUUGGGAUUUAAAGUGCCUCUCUGCAAAACAGUCCAUUAGUAGCGAGAUAAUCAACAUCAUGGGAGGCUAUUCUGUUGGAUCUAGCCGUACAUUCUGGUUCCUGCCAACUUAUUUUGCUGAGCGUGCCGUGGAAUUUUCCAGCGGCCAUAAUAAGGAGAGUCAUAUUUCCAGCACCAUCACCGUAUGUGGUUUGCGGACAUUGAAGGGCCAACUACACGAAUGCAGCAAUAUUUUCAUCCCUGUUGAGGAUGUCGCCGCGGAUCACUGGUUUCUUGUUGUGCUUAAAGUGCAGGACGGUGAAUGUGAGAUAUGGGACAGUGUACCUGACCCUCGGGUCGAACAGCGCAGGCUGGGAUAUGCCCACUCAUGUAUCAAUUUUGUUGCCAAGGUAUUUCAGGGCGACAUACGGUGCGAUCCCAUCUUGGUUAAAAAAUUUGCCAGUUUUUCUGUAAUCUAUCCUGAAGACAACCCCACUCAGAUUCACAACUAUGAUUCUGGGAUAUUUACUAUUAGGAAUAUCCAAUACUACAGGGAGUGCUGGUAUGAAGGGUUUAACUCAGGGGAUCAAAGGGUUAGGCUUGGCCUUGAAAUUGUUAACCACCCAUUGAACGACCGGGCAAAAUCAGUGUGGGACUCGGUGUACCGCGAACUAAAAGAGAAAAUAAAUGACACUGGAGUAGUAACGUCAUCUAUCCCUGCUGGGGGAAUCAAGUUUAAACCCCGCGUUGCUCGGCGCAAUUGAUCAUUAUUGGCAAAUGACUUUUGAACUGUUCUACUUUGACCUGAUUGUUUUCCUGUUUCGGUGUAAUAACGGGCCAAGUAUUUCAUCACUCGUUUGUUUUAUUACUGACGUUAUGGACAGUUUCAACAAUUCCCGUGGAGGAAUGAAGUGUUGUGUAAAAUCGGGUGAUCAGUUGUAACCUGACCAUCUUAUAACCAAUAUAGUUGUCCAACACAUUAACGGGGAAACCCCAUUUGCCUGUAAUAUUUGGUAAUG